AUGUCAUUGCGGAAUCUUGGAGCAAGCUCUGUAUUUGGCCGUAUCUUUGCCAAGCUGGUAGAGCAAACCAAACCCGUGCUGACGGUGCUCAACUUUCGUAAGAACCCUCAAGAAUCUUUGUCCAAAGUCAUGACCAGAUGUGACAAAGAAAUGGGUGGCUACUCCACAGUCCAUUUCGACUUGGACCCACACACAGGUGCCGGCCACUUUCAUGGGUACUUGAAUUUGGACUUACCAAAAGAAAACCCAGAAAUUACCCGUUCGGGAUACGCUAUGUUCCGCACCACGGACCAAAAGGAAUCCUGGUUCCUGGGAGACUCGUAUUGGGACUGGUCGCAGUACAGCCUGUUGGUCAUGCGUGUGAAGGGAGAUCGCCGGAAGUAUUUGGUCAACAUUCAGGCCAACACACCUCUUGUGACCGACUUAUUCCAGCAUAGAUUGUUCUUGCACCACCCUGGAGAGUGGGAAACAGCUGUGAUUCCUCUCAAUGACUUUGUCAUGACCAAUUGGGGUGUCAUCCAAGAUGGAAACGAGCUCAACAAGGCAGAGGUUAAGACUGUCGGUGUUGGCUUGUUAGACAAGCAGUAUGGCCCUUUCUCCUUGCAAGUUGACUGGAUUAAGGUAAUGACUGGCGCCGAGGUUGAGAAGGUUGCCAAAAAACUGCGCAUUGAGAGAUUGGCUCUUGAGAGCGGCUUGAACAAGAGUGAGGACCACAAAGAUAUGGGAACCAAUAUGCCCACGGGGCGUGGCGGUUCUGCCCUCAACACUCACAAGUACGAGGAGCCAAAGGUCACAGUCUUUUGA